CGACGCAUCGCUCCCCAGUCUCUCCGCCCCCCUCUCCCUCUCUCCCUCCGUCCGCCCUCCGCAUCUCCUCGCCGCCGCCGCCGCCGCCGCGCCUCUCCCCGGGGAGCCAGGUGGAAGAUGGAGGCAGGCGGCAAAGAUGGCAACCCUUUGAAGAAUUACCGUAUUGGGAAGACCCUGGGGAUUGGUUCCUUCGGGAAGGUCAAGAUUGCUGAGCAUAUCAAAACUGGCCACAAGGUGGCCAUCAAGAUCCUUAACCGCCGGAAAAUAAAAAACAUGGAUAUGGAAGAGAAAGUGAAAAGAGAGAUCAAGAUAUUAAGAUUAUUCAUGCACCCGCAUAUCAUCCGCCUUUAUGAAGUGAUAGAGGCACCAGCUGAUAUUUAUGUGGUUAUGGAGUAUGUUAAGUCUGGUGAAUUGUUUGAUUACAUUGUUGAGAAAGGUAGGCUACAAGAGCAAGAGGCCCGCCGUUUCUUUCAACAGAUCAUAUCUGGUGUUCAAUAUUGCCACAGAAACAUGGUGGUGCACCGCGAUCUAAAGCCAGAGAACCUUCUUCUGGAUAAUAAUUGUGAUGUUAAGAUUGCGGAUUUUGGCUUAAGUAAUGUUAUGCGUGAUGGCCACUUUCUUAAGACAAGUUGUGGUAGCCCAAAUUAUGCAGCUCCCGAGGUUAUAUCUGGAAAACUGUACGCUGGGCCUGAAGUUGAUGUAUGGAGCUGUGGUGUUAUUCUUUAUGCUCUUCUAUGUGGUACUCUUCCAUUUGAUGACGAGAACAUACCCAACCUUUUUAAGAAAAUAAAGGGUGGAAUAUAUACACUUCCGAGCCAUUUAUCAGGCCCAGCAAGGGAUUUGAUUCCGAGGAUGCUAGUUGUUGAUCCUAUGAAAAGGAUAACCAUUCAGGAAAUACGCGAGCAUCCAUGGUUUGAAGCUCAACUUCCACGAUACUUAGCAGUGCCUCCACCAGAUACCGCACAACAAGUUAAAAAGAUUGAUGAAGAAUCUCUUGGUAAAGUCAUCAGUCUGGGAUUUGACAAAAACCUGUUGGUUGAAUCAAUUCAUAAUAGAUUGCAAAAUGAGGCAACAGUUGCAUAUUAUUUAUUUUUGGAUAAUAAGAAUCGCACAACAACUGGCUAUCUCGGAGCUGAAUAUCAAGAAGCUAUGGAAUCUUCAUUCUCACCCAUUACUCCAAGUGAAACACAAAGUCCAGCACAUGGAAAUCGGCAACAACCAUAUAUGGAAUCUCCAGUUGGCUUGAGGCCACAUUUUCCAGCCGAUAGGAAAUGGUCUCUUGGGCUUCAGUCUCGAGCACAUCCAAGAGAAGUUAUGACUGAAGUGCUCAAGGCUCUGCAAGAACUGAAUGUAUACUGGAAAAAAAUUGGACACUAUAACAUGAAAUGUAGAUGGAGUCCUGGCUUUCCUGGUCAGGACAAUAUGAAUCAUACCAAUUAUAACUUUAUUGCAGAGCCUAUUGAAACCGAUGACGUGGGUGACAAGUUAAAUCUAAUUAAGUUCGAACUUCAGCUUUACAAAACAAAGGACGAGAAAUACCUUCUGGAUUUGCAAAGGGCCAGCGGGCCGCAUCUCCUCUUUCUUGAUCUAUGUGCCGCCUUCCUAGCGCAGCUGAGAGUCCUCUGAUACCAACGUGCCCGGGGAAUGUAUGUUGUACCACUCUAAAGAGAUGUAAAUAGUACGCUUUCUCCAGCGGAUCAAAGUUGUGGAGUAUGUAGACAUGCGGAGCUGUUGUGUGCUCAUUUCGGCGCCUAUAAGCUGAAUUUAGACCUGGCAAGUGAAGCAAGCAAGAAACCAGUGCCAUCAGGUUGUUUCCAGCUGCCGCCAAAGGCACUAGGAUAUAAAAGUAUUAUUGAUUAAUCCUAUUUUGGCCCCUUGGGACAUACUGUACUACUCUACUGCUGUUUACCUGCAUGUAAUUUUUACUGGCUGGGUCUCCAGACCAGACCACGCACACCAAUAAUUUCUUCAGUUGCAAUGGUUAAUGAAAGCUAAGCACAUGCAACUCUAUACUGCA